AUGAUAUUUCGGGGCUCCACACCAAGUGGAGGCACAUCGGGAACUGCUGGUACAGGAAGUGCAGGCACUGCUGUGUCACAAGGAGCUCCAAGCGGUGGCACGACACCCAGUGGUGGAACGGCGGGAACGGGAAGCACUGGCAGCGGAGGCACAACCUCUAGUGGUGCCACAACUGGUACUGGAACUGCAGGUAGUGAAGGUACAACAUCGAGCGGAGCGACAGCCGGUUCGACAGGUACUGGAACAACAUCGAGUGGUGGAACUGCAGGAACUGGAACCACGGGUACAGGUGGAACAUCGGGAUCUGGAGGAACAGGAACUACUGGCACUGGAGGCACCAUGUCUAGUGGUGGAUCCACUGGAACUGGAACAACGAGUAGUGAUGGAACAUCUAUCACGGGUAAUGCAUCAUCCAAUGGCCCACCUGCUGCGCCUGCUCAAAGCUCCCGUCCCAGAUCUUCAUCAACAGGAAAAACAGGAAGAAGGAGAGGAAGAGGCGGGAAAAAACGAACUGUUGAUACCGGAAGUACGGGAUCUCGUGUGUCAAAAGGAGCUCCGAAAGACACCACGACACCAAGUGGAGGAACUGCAGCAUCGUCAGGAACAGGAUCUAUUGGGAGUCCAGCCACAACUUCUAGUAGUGUUAUUAGUACUGGAAAUACUGGUAGUGCAGGUACGACAACGAGUGCAGCAACGUCAGGAUUUACAGGAACUGGAAUCACAGGUGGCACGACACCCAGUGGUGGAACGGCGGGCUCGGCGGGAACGGGAAGCAAUGGCAGCGGAGGCACAACCUCUAGUGGUGCCACAACUGGUACAGGAACUGCAGGUAGUGAAGGUACAACAUCUACCGGUGUGACAGCCGGUUUGACAGGAACUGGAACAACGUCGAGUGAUGGAACUGCAGGAACUGGAACCACGGGUACAGAUGGAACAUCGGGAUCUGGAGGAACAGGAACUAGUGGCACUGGCGGCACCAUAUCUAGUGGUGGAUCCACUGGAACUGGAACAACGAGUACAGGAACAACGGCGGGAUCUACGGGCACAGGAAACACAGGUAGUGCAGGAACAUCGGGCACGGGAGGCUCCACAUCAAGUGGUGGCACAUCGGGAACUGCUGGUACUGGAAGUGCAGGCACUACUGUGUCACAAGGAGCUCCAAGUGGUGGCACGACACCCAGUGGUGGAAUGGCGGGAAUGGGAAGCACUGGCAGCGGAGGCACAACCUCUAGUGGUGCCACAACUGGUACUGGAACUGCAGGUAGUGCAGGUACAACAUCGAGCGGAGCGACAGCCGGUUCGACAGGUACUGGAAUAACAUCGAGUGGUGGAACUGCAGGAACUGGAACCACGGGUACAGGUGGAACAUCGGGAUCUGGAGGAACAGGAAGUACUGGAACUGGAGGCACCACGUCUAGUGGUGGAUCCACUGGAACUGGAACUACGAGUAGUAGUGGAACGGCGGGAUCUACAGGAACUGGAACUACGAGUAGUGGUGGAACGGCGGGAUCUACAGGAACUGGAACCACAGAUAGUGGAGGAACAACUGGCACGGGAGGCUCCACACCAAGUGGUGGCACAUCGGGAACUGCUGGUACUGGAAGUGCAGCCACUGCUGUGUCACAAAGAGCUUCAAGUGAAGGCUCCACACCAAGUGAUGGCACAUCGGGAACUGCUGGUACUGGAAGUGAAGGCACUGCUAUGUCACAAGGAGCUCCAAGUGGUGGUACGGCGGGCUCUGCAGGAACGGGAAGCACUGGCAGCGGAGGCACAACCGCUAGUGGUGCCACAACUGGUACUGGAACUGCAGGUAGUGAAGGUACAACAUCGAGCGGAGCGACAGCUGGUUCGACAGGAACUGGAACAACGUCGAGUGAUGGAACUGCAGGAACUGGAGCUAUGGGUACAGGUGGAACAUCGGGAUCUGGAGGAACAGGAACUACUGGCACUGGAGGCAUCAUGUCUAGUGGUGGAUCCACUGUAACUGGCACAAAGAGUAGUGGUGGAAUGGCGGGAACUACAGGAACUGGAACCAUAGGAGGCUCCACACCAAGUGGUGGCACAUCGGGAACUGCUGGUACUGGAAGUGAAGGCACUGCUGUGUCACAAGGAGCUCCAAGCGGUAAGUUGCAUGUAUUGUAUUCCCAUUAG